CGAUAACAUCGCACGUUAUCACUAUUACAAAAUAACACCUUUACCAUAAUAUGCGGAAAAUGAAUUAAAAUAUAAUAUAAACUAAAAUGUUGCGGUACAGACAAGUUGUGCGUCUUCUUCAGCACCGUAACUACUCGACCGGAGCAGCAAGCAAUGGAUGUGGAUCUUUCAGGGGCGACAAAUCCGACGAUGAUCUGCAUCCGAUACGGCGAACACUCCGUUUGCUUGGCAACGAUAUGCGCAAAGUUAAGGAGUUUUUUGUGCCCAAGGAAACGGAGACCGACAAGGAUCCCAUUCCGACACAAAGCAAGUUCCAUUUUAGCGGGGAGCGAGGCAAGAGCAAGGAUCCUACUGUGCCUGAUGACUUCCAGACCCAUUGCGAUGUGCUCAUCAUUGGUGGCGGGGCAGUGGGCAGCUCCAUCGCCUACUGGCUGAAGGAGAAGGCCCGUGACGGUCUUAACGUUGUGGUGGUCGAGAAGGAUGACACGUAUGCCCAGUCCGCCACUCGUGUUUCUGUGGGCGGUCUUUGUCAGCAAUUCUCUCUGCCCGAAAACAUCCAAAUGUCACUCUUUGCCGCCGAAUUUUUGCGAAGCGCCAAGAAACACUUUGGUCAGGAAGUACCCCUCCAGUUCACGCCCCAUGGUCAUCUGAUGCUCGCUGGCGAGGAACACGCAGAAAGCCUGAUGCGUUCCUCUCAGCUUCAAAACGAACUGGGUGCCCGGAAUGAACUUCUCACUGCAGAUCGAUUGGCGGUUCGAUUUCCCUGGCUAAACACCACGGACAUCGCUUUAGGUUGCCAUGGCCUGGAAAAAGAGGGCUGGUUUAAUCCCUUGGCCCUUCUUAGCAAUUUUCGACGGUCAGCCAGCGGCUACGGCGCCCAUUUUGUCAGUGGCCAGGUUGUCGACUUUGAGUACAAAUCCCAAACGGACAUUUCUGUGGUCGGAGAUGCUGGUUCCCAAGAGGGUUUCUACACGGGUUUGGACAAAGCGGUCAUCCAACUGCCUGAUGGCACGCGGCGCACCUGCAAGUUCGCCCUGUGUGUAAUAAGCGCCGGUGCUAGUUCCGAACAAGUUGCGCGACUAGCAAGGAUAGGCGUAGGUACAGGAAUACUUCAGGUUCCGCUGCCCAUCACCGCACGCAAGCGGUACAUGUACGCCAUCAACUCGCAGGCUCAAAGUGCACCCGCUAUGACCAUGCCCAUGACAAUAGAUCCGUCGGGCAUCUUUAUCCGCAGAGAUGGCCUGGGCGGCAACUAUAUUUGCGUGCAUGACUCGAUAGAAGAGAAUCAUAACGAGGCGAUUGAUCCGCUAUAUUUCAACCGGCACAUCAAACCACAUUUGUCAAAUAGAAUUCCCGUUUUUGAAGAAGCUCAAGUGGUGGAUAGCUGGGCGGGCAUCUACGAUCAGAAUGUAUACGACGAGAACGGCAUUUUAGGAGCCCACCCGUACUACCACAAUCUGUACCUAGCCACCGGUUUUAGCGGACACGGAGCACAACAGUCUCUGGCCGUGGGCCGAGCCAUAUCCGAGCUGAUCAUGGAUGGGCAGUUCAGAACCAUCGACCUCUCCCGUCUAAGCUUCGACCGGCUGAUUAUUGACCAGCCCAUGUACGAGUUAAAUAAUGUCUUAAGCUAGAAUUGUUGAUUGUGCAUUAAAACUAAAUGCAGCUAAUUUAAUUAA